AUGUCUGGACGUGGAAAGGGAGCCGGUAAGACCAGAGCGAAGGCCAAGACCAGGUCCUCCAGGGCCGGGCUCCAGUUCCCCGUGGGCCGUGUCCACAGGCACUUGAGGAAGGGUAACUACGCCCGGCGUGUCGGCGCCGGAGCUCCGGUGUACCUGGCGGCGGUGCUGGAGUAUCUGACCGCUGAGAUCCUGGAGCUGGCCGGGAACGCGGCCCGCGACAACAAGAAGACCCGCAUCAUCCCCCGUCACCUGCAGCUGGCCGUCCGCAACGACGAGGAGCUCAACAAGCUGCUGGGCGGAGUGACCAUCGCUCAGGGCGGCGUGCUGCCCAACAUCCAGGCGGUGCUGCUGCCCAAGAAGACCGAGAAGGCCGCCAAGAAGUAGACACAACAACAACAACGGCUCUUUUAAGAGCCACGCACUCCGCUAGAGAGCGAUCCUUAAUCAUCGAGGUGGAAACACUAUAUUCAUCAUUUAAUAAGUGAAAUGCAGACAGCUGUUCACGGAGGUUCUAGAAACUCAACGAGGCGAUGAUGGAAAAUCAGAAGAGUUCAUCUCAUUACCCAGAAACCAAACAGCUGCUGUGUAUAUACUUAUAUACUUAUCACAAACCUGUGAUGACGUCUCCCGUCCACUAUAUAAGUAUAUAUAUAUAUAGAGAGUGUGUUGUGUUGUUGUUAUAGUGUGUUGUGUUGUUGUUAUAGUGUGUUGUGUUGUUGUUAGUGUGUUGUG